AAUCGUUACGAACGAAUGCAGCAAAGUUUAUCAGUACAAACAUAAGAAUGAUUUUCUCAUUGUAUCUAAUCGUGACUAUCUUUCUAGCAGACCUCACAGCCGCUCAGCAGGAAUGCGACUGCAAAAAUAGAUUCUGCUUCCCGAACGUUGUGGCAAACUGGGUUGGAGCAGCCGAGUAUUGCAGCAGGAACGGCUGGAGAUUGGCCAUACUGGAUACGGAGGAAAAGCAGCAACAGAUGGAGGAGCAGGCCCAGAAAGUGGACGCAUUUAAAACGAACAAGGUGGAGCUCUGGAUCGGAGCCAGCGAUUUGGCCAAGGAAGGCAAAUUUGUUUGGCACGGAACCGGUAUGGAUGUGUCGUACGAGAAGUGGAUCGCCGGCAUGCCGGACAAUAGGAACGGUAAUGAACACUGCGUUCAUCUGUGGUACGAACCGUCGCGUUCUUUCCAGUGGCAAUGGAAUGACGUGGUGUGCAGCUCAACGCGGCGUUUUGUGUGCGAACAAAUGUAAAAUUCGAUCCGGAAUUUAAUAAAAAUCGUUGCAUUGGUACG